AUGUCUCUACUUUUUGCUAGUUUUAUUUUUGCACUUCGUCAGCAAGUAACAGUUGAGGAUGAACUUUCAUCAUUACUCAACGAGAUUCGAAACCUUAGAUCAGAAGUAGAAGAACUUAAACAAAUUCUUUCACCAAAACCAAUUCGAUAUAGAAGAGAACCUAGAGUAGAGAAAAACCAUCAAUCCUCAUUCAUUGACAGGAACGUCCCUCCACCACCAUUAACAGAUCAGAUUUUAAGUGAAUUCAAAUCUAUAGAUACAAGCAAGAUACAAGUACCUUUAGAUACAACAAAUACCAAUGAUAGUAAAGAAACGAAGGAACUAAAUGAAAUUGAUUAUCCCAAGGAUAUUGAACCAGAAUCAAAACUUCAAUUCUUAAAUGAAGAUAUAGUUUCUGCCCCUGAUACUGAUACAGAUAAAAUACAACCCCAUAAGGUUGGUGGUGGCCUUGUUCCUCCAAGCACUCCAUUACCCACAUAUGAAGAAACUGGUUCAAAACCAUAUUUCAUAUAA